AUGGGUGAGUCUAAUCAUGGAUUGUAUCUCCACUGUUACCUAUUCUAUCCAAGUUCAGGGGGUGGUUUCGGGAUGAUUGUGUCGUUGAAAGGGCUGCGUCAGGGAGAUCCUCUCUCCCUAUAUAUGUUUUUAAUAUGUGUGGAGGGACUGUUUGCUUUCACUAGAACGAAAAAUGCUCUAGACGUCGGUGGACCACCGUCGUCUAAUGUGCUACCAGGCCGUCGUAUAGGUGACCACCGUCUAUUGUGA